CACGGCUUCAAACCUUCCCAUGAUCCUUUAGGGUUCCUCUUUCUAGCCGGCGCCUGAGAAUGGGUAUCUCAAGGGACAACUGGCAUAAACGCCGCAAGACCGGCGGUAAACGCAAGCCGUACCACAAGAAAAGGAAGUAUGAGCUCGGGCGUCCUCCCGCUAACACAAAGAUUGGUGCUCGUCGUAUCCACACCGUGCGAGUCCGUGGUGGGAACAAGAAGUAUCGUGCAUUGAGGCUGGAUGUGGGCAACUUUUCAUGGGGCUCUGAGUGCUGUACACGCAAAACCAGGAUCAUCGAUGUAGUCUACAAUGCCUCCAACAACGAGCUGGUCCGAACCAAGACCCUGGUGAAGAACUGCAUCGUGUUGAUCGACAGUCUACCAUACAGACAGUGGUAUGAGGCCCACUAUGCCACUCCCCUUGGACGCAAGAAGGGAGCCAAGCUGACUGCUGAGGAGGAAGAGGUCCUGAACAAAAAGCGUUCCAAAAAGACCCAGAAGAAAUACGAUGAGCGUAAAAAGAUGGCUAAAAUCAGUCCACUCCUGGAGGAGCAGUUCCUGCAGGGAAAAUUGCUUGGCUGCAUCGCUUCCAGACCAGGCCAGUGUGGCCGAGCAGACGGCUACAUCCUGGAGGGUAAAGAACUGGAGUUCUACCUGAGGAAGAUCAAGGCCAAGAAAGGCAAAUAGAUGUUUGAUAUGCCAAUAAUUAAAAAAAAGUUCCGAAA